AUGAUAGUGGGAUACCAAUUAUAUCCAGGUUGGUGGCUACUUGAUGGAGGUUCGCUGGUGCCAGUGCUCGCUCUUGGUUUGGAAAAGGGUGACGCUCUUUUGGAUGUCUGUGCUGCGCCGGGAGGAAAAAGUUUACUUGCAUUACUGACAAAAUUGCCAGGCAAAUUGGUCUGCAAUGAUUUUAAACUGGCAAGACUUGGACAGCUAAAGAGAGCUUUAUCUAUGUAUAUUCCAUCAGAUGCACCAGAAGCAAACACGGUGAUCUUGAAAAGAAAGGACGCCGGUAAUUUAGCUACGUGGGAUGAAUUGAAUACUUACGACAAGGUAAUAGCUGACGUUCCUUGCUCUACAGAUCGCUUGGCUGUCAAUCAAGACGAAGGCAAUAUGUACUCUCCUCAAAUGACUAACGAAAGGCUGAACUUACCGCAGCUUCAGACGAAAAUCUUGAUAAAUGCUUUACGGUCAGUAAAAGUCGGUGGUUCUGUAGUUUAUUCGACUUGCACAUUGUCAUCAAUUCAAAAUGAAGCUGUGGUAGAAAACGGGGUCGCCAUAGCGGAGCAGAAAUUUGGAGUUCGAGUUGUUGAAGAGUCACUUUCGCAACUAGUUACGCAUCUGGCAUCAUCUGGGCUGUAUCGUUUCUCUGAUCAGUGCCGUACGGGUGCCUUGGUGCUGCCGUUCCUUCCGUCCAAUUUUGGCCCUAUGUAUGUUUGUAAGUUGACGAGGAUAGCUUAG